CCUCCCACAGCUCACAGGACUAAGGACCAAAGGCACUUCUGGGCAACUGAGAUCCUGUAUCUCUACCCCAGCGAUGAGCCGACGUGUGGUUCGGCAGAGCAAAUUCCGCCAUGUGUUUGGCCAGGCAGCAAAGGCCGACCAGGCCUAUGAGGACAUCCGGGUGUCCAAGGUCACAUGGGACAGCUCCUUCUGUGCUGUGAACCCCAAAUUCCUGGCUAUUAUUGUGGAGGCUGGAGGUGGUGGUGCCUUCAUUGUCCUGCCUUUGGCCAAGACAGGACGAGUGGAUAAGAACUACCCACUGGUUACUGGACACACUGCCCCUGUGUUGGACAUCGACUGGUGCCCCCACAAUGACAAUGUUAUCGCCAGUGCCUCGGAUGACACCACCAUCAUGGUGUGGCAGAUCCCAGAUUAUACUCCUGUGCGCAACAUUACAGAACCUAUUAUCACACUUGAAGGCCACUCCAAGCGAGUGGGCAUCCUCUCCUGGCAUCCUAUUGCCAGGAAUGUCCUGCUUAGUGCAGGUGGUGAUAAUGUGAUCAUCAUCUGGAAUGUGGGUACUGGAGAGGUGCUGCUGAGCCUGGAGGACCUGCAUCCGGACCUCAUCCACAGUGUUUGCUGGAACAACAACGGUACCCUGCUAGCCACCACCUGCAAAGACAAGACUCUGCGCAUCAUCGAUCCUCGAAAAGGCCAAGUGGUGGCGGAGAGGUUUGCGGCCCACGAGGGGAUGAGGCCCAUGCGGGCUGUCUUCACGCGCCAGGGCCAUAUCUUCACCACGGGAUUCACCCGCAUGAGCCAGCGAGAGCUGGGCCUGUGGGACCCGAACAACUUCGAGGAGCCAGUGGCACUGCAGGAGAUGGACACAAGCAACGGAGUCCUACUGCCCUUCUAUGAUCCAGACUCCAGCAUCGUCUACCUGUGUGGCAAGGGUGACAGCAGUAUCCGGUACUUUGAAAUUACCGACGAACCUCCUUUCGUGCAUUACCUGAACACAUUCAGCAGCAAAGAGCCGCAGCGCGGCAUGGGUUUCAUGCCCAAGCGGGGGCUGGAUGUCAGCAAGUGCGAGAUUGCCCGGUUCUACAAGCUGCACGAACGGAAGUGUGAACCCAUCGUUAUGACUGUGCCCCGCAAGUCAGACCUGUUCCAGGACGAUCUAUACCCGGACACUCCAGGCCCAGAGCCAGCCUUGGAAGCAGAUGAAUGGCUAGCAGGCCAAGAUGCCGAGCCUGUGCUCAUUUCAUUGAAGGAUGGCUACGUGCCCCCCAAGCACCGCGAGCUCCGGGUCACCAAGCGCAACAUCCUGGACGUGCGACCUCCCUCCGGCCCCCGCCGUAGCCAAUCCGCUAGUGACGCCCCCCUGUCGCAACACACCCUGGAGACGCUGCUGGAGGAGAUUAAGGCCCUACGAGAAAGGGUGCAGGCACAGGAGGAGCGCAUCACCGCUUUGGAGAAUAUGCUGUGCGAAUUGGUGGAUGGCACUGACUAGCCCGCAGACCCGCAGGCAGGACAGAGUGGGACGCAUGGACUCCACCCCACCCUGGGUUUUGGUCUAGGACGCCAGCUCUCACCUGCCUGAGUCCCUGGGUUGGGAUUCAUCCGGACUAGGAAAGAAAUCCCACCCCUCGCCAGACACCUGGACAGAGUGUAGGGGAGAUUCACAUGUCUGGCAGGGGCCAGGUUGUGCUCAGGAGCUGGCCUAGGAAGGCCUCAGCAAUGGUGCUGCAUGGCGGGGUGGUAUCCACCUCUAUUCCUCACCUAGGGCAGGGGAAGUGCUUAGUAUUCGCGCGAUGCUUGUGCAAGUUAGGAAGUUUGUGCCUCAACCCAAAGGGAUGACUUUUCAGUGGGCCUACCCCUGCUGGGGAAAAUGAAGGAUUUUUCACUCAGCUUACUUGAUUAACCCACCCAUUCGUGGUAAUUCAGACAGAUGACAGGUCCCCAGUUCUGCAGACAUAUGCACAAUCCUUUGCCUACGAAGUCCAACCCACUGGUGACACUCAGCAGUUUUAGGCAGUGGGCUCUCCCUUUCCAUGGCCAGAGAAGGUGGUUUCCUUGAGAUAGUCCCUGCCUAAGAAAUCUCAGAACUGGCAUGAGGAAACUGGUUCACCCACACCCAGCACGCACAGUGGCCCCUCCCCCCUCCCCCUCUGUGAGG